GUCACAAAGUUCUUUGAGAUAAAACACUUUUGUAUUUAACGUUUAAAAAAUGUUACGAACUGGAAAACGGGCGAAAGAAAUACUUCUGAUAUUCGCGCUGUGUAUAGUAACCGUGGCAACGUACACGGAACAUCAAACGUUAAUUCUAUCUGGAGUUGAGAGAAUUCUUAUAAGACGUACUCCGGGAACGAUUUCUUUGUUGAAUGAGAAUUCUUUUCCCAUUCUGGCGGGAAGAAACAGUGAAAUUUUACGAUCACACGUUGCAGCAGUCGAAUAUGGAGCAGGGAGAAUAAUUGCACAUUCACAUACAAGCUCCCUCCUGGACGAAAACAUGCCUCCAGAAUACGACAACAUUCAACUACUCAUCAACAGCAUUGAUUGGUUAGGAAAGAAUCGAACCGGAAAAAUUGGAUUGUAUCCGGAUUGGAAACUCCAUGAAAACAUCCUGACUGAACUUGGUUAUGAAACACAAGUUCUGUCAGCGAAUGACUUCAAUAAUCCAACAUAUUUGGAACCGUUCUACGUUUUAAUUAUUUCAAUAAAUGCCAACGAAACGAACGUGAGGGAAUAUGUUCGAAACGGUGUUGGUGGACUUAUGAUUGCGGCAACACCUUGGAACCACGAUGUAAACGAUAUGGAAUCGUUUUGGGGAAAUAUCAUACUGCGAGAUACUGGCCUGUUCUACAUCGGCAAAUAUUAUUCCUUUGGAACAAUGGACUGUAAUGAUGAAGUCGAUGGAUGUUUCAACGCCUCUACAGAAUAUUUGAAAGACACACACUCUGCCCACGUUUGGAAUGAACUCAAGCAAUUAAAUUCAAAUCAAACACAUCUUCCACGCAAUCGAACCCAGCAAGUUAUGCAGAUACUUAGAGAUCGAUUGCGUUAUGCACCCAGUGACGAUGUAUUCAACAGAGAUAUUAAUGAGGAACUGAAGAAACUUCCAACGUUUGUGCCGACAGCUACAAAUCCAGUAACUGCUGAAAAGGCAAAGCAAUUUCUUGUCGUUCAUCGAUUUCUAUGCGAAUUUCUGAUUAACGAGGUUGGAUUAACGAGCAACAUUCCACCUCAUCCUUCAGCCAUGUCAUUUCCAGGUGAUGUUGUUACUUCUAACGGGGAACGCUUAUCUCAUCUGAUAGAAAUCGAUGCUAUGCUACCGUCUUGGACAGAGAACCUGAGUGUCAACGAAAUAAUCGCUUACAAAUCCCAUUAGAUGUCAUAGAAGUGAACACAAGAGGGACUGCUUGGUACAGUACAGGAUUAUACGCUCGACCAGGAGAUGAAAUUCACAUUGAAGUGUUAAAUGCAACCAAUUGGGAAUUUGAUCUGGAUGUUCAAAUUGGGGCACACAUUGACAAUCUGGAACAUUUAUCAAGUUGGAAAAGGUGUCCUAAGGUAGUAUUUCGAAACAAAAUCAUAAAUAACACAGCGAGUUUAGCUAACCCGUUCGGCGGACCUAUCUACAUUCUUCUUAACAACUACAACAACAAUGGAAUGCUACAACUAUCAAUAACCGGAGGAAUUCGAUCACCCACCUAUUUUAUGGGAAAAACACUUGUCAGCCAAUGGCGAAAUGAGAUCAGAAAUAGUACAGCUCCGUGGGGUGAGCUAAUCGGAGAAAAUUUGAUAAUUCUUACACAGAACCAAUACCUGUCCCAGAUGGACGACCCUGAAGCGAUAAUCGAUUUUUGGAAUCGCGUCCUAGAUGCCAUAUCCGAUCUGGGAGCUCUGCCUCGUGAAAGAGUGAAAUCCGAAAGAUUCGUGGCUGACGUACAAAUCUCGGGUGGAUCGAUGCACAGCGGAUAUCCAAUUAUGUACUUAUUAUCCGAACAAAACAAGCCUCUGCGCAUUUCUGAGUUUAGAGCCAACCCAUCAAGAUUGUGGGGACACUUACAUGAACUGGGUCACAACCAUCAGAAAUCCGAUUGGACAUUUUCAGGCACUGGUGAAGUUACUUGCAACUUAUUCGUCUUGUACGUCAUGCACAACAUUUUACUGGCUCCUACGAACCAAACACACCCUCGACUCAGCGAUGCUAUUGCAGCUCAAUCAGUGAGACAAUAUAUCAACGAUGGAAAGCGGUUCUCAGAUUGGAAGUCAACACCGUUUCUUGCACUGUUGACGUACAUUCAGCUGCAAGAGUACUUCGGAUGGUCGUCUUAUCAAAGAGUUUUUAGUAAUUACAACCAACUAACUGAAGGUGAACGACCCAAAAAUGACCAAGAAAAAAUCGAUUUGUGGAUGAUAAUGUUCUCGAGAGUCGUAGAAGAGAAUCUGACCCCGUUCUUUACUUCGUGGGGAUUUCCAAUUAGUCCAGGAGCGGAAUCCAAAGUAGAGGACCUUCCAAGCACCACUCUUCGUAUCAGGGAUCCGUAAUCAUUCGUUCAUAUAACUGCUUUUAGCAUAGGAGUUUCGAGUGUUUCACCAGAAGCUGUCCGUU